UACAAGUAGGCACGGUAACCAUAGCAACGGAAUUACAAAUACAGUUUUAAUGUCAAGGUAAAUAAAAUACAUCCAUACGAUUUAGGUGUUUAUUGAGUUAGUAGUGUAAAGGUUUCCACUGCAGUUUACUGCAGUGCCUAUUCGUUAGUAUAAAGAUACUAAAGUAACAUGGAAAACUCUGAAAAUAAUGCGUGGGUUUUUGAUUCCCUUGUUGGAUUUUUACAUGGGCCGGUAUGGAAUAUACCAUUACAAACAUUUAUUGAAGAGAAAUCGUUGCCUUUUGAGCCUUCUGAAAACGGAGAUGUUCUGGACAGAGCAGAAUAUAAGAAGAUACACAACGAGUACCGCAACUUGGUAGACGUGAUGCUAGGUUCUUUCAUGGACGACAUUGGCAUAACGGCUGAUCAGUUCGAAGCAGCAUGUCGUUUGUCUGCGAACGACCUCGCUGGGUUACCUGCUUAUUUCCAUAAGCGACUAUUUGAACAAAUCUGGGCUGCUAACGACUACGACAUGUUUGUUAAAAUGAUGACACAUAAAAAUGUAGAGCUACAGCUACAGGCUUUAGAGCUAAUUGAAAAACGUUUCGGUGCAAUGCCUAAUCUUUUUUCGCCUGAAACUGAGGAUUUGGAUUCUUCACAAAGUGAUGAAAGUUCCGGUUGGCCGGACAACGAUGACGUCAUGACCGAGAUCAAAAAAUUGCAGUAUGACGAUUUUCCAGUGAAAGACGAAAUAAUCGCAGUGGCUCCAGAGGAAGUUGUAGCUGAAAAACAAACUUUGCUAUCUAAAUUGCACCACAUUGAAGAAAAGGAGGAGAAAAUUGUGACAAAACUAAACAAUUUAGAUAUUAAAGAUAAAGUUGAAGAAGUAGUAUUGCCUAAAAAAGUCGAAGUGAGUGAGGAGGAAAUUCAAGCCCGUCAAGAAUAUUUGAAACAGCAACGUGAUAAACUUUUAGCUCUAAAGAAACAAGUGAGGGAAAAAAGACUAGAUGCUGCUCAAAAUGAAAUAGAAGUAGGAGGAGGUGAAGGAUCUCGUCAAUACGCCCCAAGGCCGAAAUCAGCACGUGCAGCUCAAGCGGUACUUUCUGGUACUGCACCUCCCCCGCCCCCUGACGCAAUGCAGUUGAGGAGGGCACUGGCCUCCAAACUGAAGACCGAAGUUGUCGACAUCAAACAAUAAUACUCCUAUUUCACUUUUAAUAAUACCUACUCUUAAUUAUAGUUUCAAUCUUAAUUUAU